CUUGUUAUUAAAAAAUAUUUGCUCGAGCCUGUUCGAAUUAAAUGAUUGUCUUGUCUCAAUAUAAUAUCCUUCCUUUUGUGUUUCUGUGUGUUGUAGUUUAAAAGAGAAACAAACUUAUUAUACGGGUUCAGAGCAUAGCCGUGGCGUGGACACAGCUGGUCAUUUUAUAGACGGAAGGAAUAUACUGCGACUUUGACGCUUGAGUUUGCGUUUACAUUCAAAAAUGCCAAGCGAAAUAAUUACUUUGCAGCUGGGCCAAUGCGGCAAUCAAAUUGGGUUCGAGUUUUGGAAACGUCUGUGCCUGGAACAUGGCAUUUCGCCAAGCGGCGUUCUAGAGGACUUCGCUACCGAUGGCAUGGACCGCAAAGAUGUGUUCUUCUACCAGGCCGAUGAUGACCACUACAUACCGCGUGCGGUGCUUCUUGACUUGGAGCCGAGGGUGAUCAAUACAAUAAUGGGCUCUUCAUAUGCAAAGCUCUACAACCCAGAGAACGUGUAUUUAUCAAAGCAUGGUGGCGGCGCUGGCAAUAAUUGGGCGUCUGGCUAUAGUCAGGGCGAUAAGUUGCAGGAGGAAAUAUUUGACAUAAUCGAUAGAGAAGCCGAUGGAAGUGAUUCCCUUGAAGGAUUCAUACUCUGUCAUUCCAUUGCCGGUGGUACUGGCUCUGGCAUGGGGUCCUUUAUCAUGGAGCGCCUGGCAGACCGUUAUCCGAAGAAACUCAUACAGACCUUCAGUGUGUUUCCCAAUCAGGAUGAGAUAAGCGAUGUUGUUGUUCAACCAUACAACUCAUUGCUGACACUGAGACGUUUAACCAGUGCGGCGGAUAGUGUGGUCGUCCUGGACAACACGGCCCUGAAUCGCAUAGCUUGCGAUCGCUUGCACAUCCAGAAUCCCAGCUUCUCCCAAAUCAACAAUCUAGUGUCCACCAUUAUGAGCGUGAGCACAACCACAUUGCGUUACCCUUCGUAUAUGAACAACAAUCUCAUCGGGCUUAUGGCGCCCUUGAUACCCACACCCCAGUUGCACUUCCUUAUGACGGGCUACACGCCUUUGACCAGCGACUCGGACGUCAACAAUCAGCAAGCGGUCAAUAUUCGCAAAACGACCGUCUUGGAUGUAAUGCGUCGUCUACUGCAGCCCAAAAACAUGAUGGUGUCCACUGGUCCCGACAAGACAAAUCAUCAUUGCUACAUAUCUAUACUUAACAUUAUCCAGGGCGAGGUGGAUCCUAGCCAGGUGCACAAGUCACUGCAGCGCAUUCGUGAUCGGAAGAUGGCCCAGUUUAUACCCUGGGGACCAACCUCUAUCCAGGUGGCCCUGUCCCGCUCUUCGCCCUACGUGCAAAGCAACCAUCGCGUCUCUGGCCUGAUGUUGGCCAACCACACCAGCAUCUGCUCGCUAUUUGAGCGGGCACUGAAUCAAUACGACAAGCUACGCAAACGUGGCGCUUUUCUAGAUCAAUUCCGACGCGAAGACAUCUUCAAAGACGAUCUCACCGAGCUGGAUGAGUCCCGUGAGACAGUUGACAGCCUUGUUCAGGAGUACGAGGCAGCCACGCGCAGUGACUACAUGCAAUUCUCGUUCAAACGUGCCCCAGGAGAUUCCAAGUCGGAGGAUGCAAAGUCUGGGGGCGAUCAUUAAAAUCACCUAUCUCGUGACAAACGCGUGCCAUGAAACCACAAACAAUUUUUGUUUUUAGUACUUGUAGCUCCGGACACGAAAGAAUUUCAAAUCCUUUAAGUAUUAACCAGCACAAUGUACCUACUACGAGUAGAUAUUUUGUAGAUACAGCUUAUCUGUACUUAAAUGUUACCAGUUCGUUAACAAUCGUUCUUGUGCUAAUAAAAUUACAAAG